CUCGGCGCCUCGCCGGCCCUGCCCCGCGCCGCGCGCCCGGCCGCCCGCCAUGGCCUCCGAGGAGCUGUACGAGGUUGAAAGGAUUGUUGACAAAAGGAGAAACAAGAAAGGGAAGACGGAAUACUUGGUUCGGUGGAAAGGCUACGACAGCGAGGACGACACCUGGGAGCCGGAGCAGCACCUGGUGAACUGCGAGGAGUACAUCCACGACUUCAACCGGCGCCACACCGAGAAGCAGAAGGAGGGCACCUUCACCAGGGCCAACCGGACCUCCCCGAACAAUGCCCGGAAACAGAUCUCCAGGUCCACCAACAGCAGCUUCUCCAAGGCCGCCCCCAAAGCGCUAGUGGUGGGCAAGGAGCACGAGGCCAAGAGCAGCCCGCUGUUUGCCGCCAGCCAGAAGUUCCGGAAGAGCCCUGCGCCAGGCCUGGCCGCCCGCAAGAACAUGGACCUGGCCCGGUCGGGCAUCAAGAUCCUCGUGCCCAAGAGCCCCAUCAAGAGCAGGACCGCGGUGGACGGCUUUCAGGACGAGAGCCCCGAGAAGCCGGACCCCGUGGAGCAGGGGCCAGAGGACACGGCGGCCCCGGAGGCAGCGGCCGAGAAGCCGGUCGGGGCCCUACUGGGCCCAGGGGCAGAGCGGGCACGGAUGGGGAGCCGGCCCCGGAUACACCCAUUGGUGCCGCAGGCAUCCGGACCCGUGACCGCGGCCAUGGCCACGGGGCUGGCCGUGAAUGGGAAAGGCACCUCUCCGUUCAUGGAUGCGCUGACGGCCAACGGGACCACCACCCUGCAGACGUCGGUCACGGGUGUGACGGCCGGGAAGAGGAAGUUCAUCGAGGACAGGCGAGACCAGCCUUUUGACAAGCGGCUGCGCUUCAGCGUGCGGCAGACAGAGAGUGCCUACAGGUACCGGGACAUCGUGGUCCGGAAGCAGGACGGCUUCACCCACAUCCUGCUGUCCACCAAGUCGUCCGAGAACAACUCACUCAACCCGGAGGUGAUGAAGGAGCUGCAGAGCGCGCUGAGCACGGCCGCGGCCGACGACAGCAAGCUGGUGCUGCUCAGCGCCGUGGGCAGCGUCUUCUGCUGCGGCCUGGACUUCAUCUACUUCAUCCGGCGCCUGACGGACGACCGCAAGCGGGAGAGCGCCAGGAUGGCCGAGGCCAUCAGAAACUUUGUGAACACCUUCAUUCAGUUCAAGAAACCUAUUAUCGUAGCCGUGAAUGGCCCGGCCAUUGGGCUAGGAGCAUCCAUCCUGCCUCUCUGUGACGUGGUCUGGGCCAAUGAAAAGGCGUGGUUCCAGACGCCCUACACCACCUUCGGGCAGAGUCCAGACGGCUGUUCCACCGUGAUGUUCCCCAGGAUCAUGGGAGGAGCAUCUGCUAAUGAAAUGCUGCUCAGCGGGCGGAAGCUAACGGCACAGGAGGCGUGCGGCAAAGGGCUGGUCUCCCAGGUGUUCUGGCCUGGGACCUUCACCCAGGAAGUCAUGGUCCGCAUCAAGGAGCUCGCCUCCUGCAACCCUGUCGUGCUUGAGGAAUCCAAGGCCCUUGUGCGCUGCAACAUGAGGCUGGAGCUGGAGCAGGCCAACGAGCGGGAGUGCGAGGUGCUGAAGAAGAUCUGGGGCUCGGCACAGGGCAUGGACUCCAUGCUGAAGUACCUGCAGAGGAAGAUUGACGAGUUCUGACGGCCGGGCCACCGACCUCACCGCCGGGCCAGGCUCGCCCGGAGCGCCCGCUGGGAAGCAGGACUUGAGACAGCCAAGCUAUUUAUUGCCAAGGAGUUUUUAAGUACUGUAACUUUAAAAUAAAUAACUACAAAACUCCUUUGUCCAAACGUCAUUCUUUUAUACUUAAUACACACACAAGUGUAGAAGUAUAAAGGUGAGCUCUGGGUUGCUCUUUGAGGCUCUAAAUUUUGUUAUCUUCAGCUAGUACUGUAUAAAGCGUGUUUUCUUGGUUUGGGUGUCAGAAAAAAUGUUUGUUUUCCUUGUUUUUUUCCUCCUGCUAGAAGAAAAGAAAGAGGUGUUAGCCAGCCUCGCCAUUCCCCACCCCAAAUAGAAAUAUGGAAAGAUACGAGAUAUGCCCUUAUCUCUAAGAGGUCCAGAGCCUCAGAGAUAGAAAAUUCUAAAUCAAAUGGAAGACUUAUCUUUUAUGAUAUUUCUGAUUAAACACCCACUGAUGAAUAUACCCCUGAAGUAAAAUACACCUAGGAUUCAUGCUGAGAUUAUCAACUGAUUCUUCCUUCUUUUUUAAAUGUCUGAUUCUUACCCAGUUAACAGGAAGAAACCACUCUCUCUAGGGGAAAGCUUGUUUUGCAGUAUUAGUGAAUCACUGACUAGCUUCAGUAUGGUAUCUUAAGUUGUAAGUUAAUCUUAGCAGGUUUGUAAUUAGUUUUUCUGACCUUUUUGAAAAAUAACUACACAAGUGCUUCUUGUUGCUGGGUGAGAACUACUACUUUAUACACCGUUUUUGGUUUUCUAUUUGCAGAUAUGAUCGAUGUAUUACACCAAAAAUAAAAGGUAUUUUUAUGUUUAUAAAGUGUAAUUUUUAGGUUCACUUAGAAUAUAUUUUAUUUAAUAAGUUAAGAUUCUUCUGGCACACUAUUAAAUGCAGAAACUCCUUUUUAAGAGAACUACCUUCUUACGUCGACGUUUCAUGGUCUUGGUCUCCGCUUUCACGUCUUCACAAUAUACCGAGUUCAGGAUGCUGUCCGAGAGUGCCCUGUGUAAAUAGACGUCCGCAUUCCCGCCAGGGGUGGGGGCGAUUCCAGAAGCCUGUCCCCCCCGGCAGGCUUCUGAGCUUGCAAUCAUAUUGAAUGUAUGAAGAGUGAAAUAAAAUCAAAACCUUAUUUUUGUACAGUUUUGAAGUUUCUACUUAGAACCGACCACCUCCCGGCCUCGCGGAGAGCUUACAGAGUGUCAAUCUGCCUUUACUUGGAUUGGUUGGUGCAGUAUUUUUGCAUCUGUGGGACCUACUUUUUUCGUUCCGUAGUUUGAACUAUAUAUAAACUGUACAAUCUGUAAAGUUUUUAUAGAAUAAAUAUUCAGCUG